UGUUUUGAAACUUUCAGAUUGGAACAAAGUUUCCAACGUAUACAAGAAAUAUCCCUCUUGCUUCUUCUUCCUCAUUUACUCCUUCACUUGCUUUGCAAUUUCAAAAUCUUUCUUUAAUCUCUCCGUCUCUCUCUAUAUAAAUCUAUACACAGCAGCCUCUCUCUCGACAUCUCCAUCCACCAUGAGAAGCACGUGCCGCACUCUAGAAAUUACACUCUUGUCAUGUGAAGACUUGCGUAUUCAUCGAAAAUGGGUGAAGAAGAACACGUACGUCAUGGUUCGAACAGACCAUCUAAAUUAUUGCACCUCAAAGUUGGAUACUGAAGGAGGAGCCUACCCUUCUUGGAACCAAAAGCUCACCCUCGACAUGCCCGUGCAUGAACCCUUUAUUACGUUAGAGGUUCACUGCAAGACGGCUUCUGGGGACAGAACAAUCGGCACGGCCAGAAUGUCAUCCACUGAUUUCAUGGGAGGAUAUUUACCGUUGAAUUAUUUGAACUUCUUGAGUUAUAGAUUAAGAGAUGCGAAAGGGGAAAGAAAUGGAAUUAUUAACGUCUCUGUGAAGGUGAUCAAACUGCCGGAAUAUAUGUCUUCUGAUUAUGAAAAUAAGAUGUCUGAAAAUAACGUUUGUUCUAUGAUGUCAAAGUCGAAGCUGAUACCAGCGGUUUCCGUUGACGGCGGCAAGAAUUUAGGCUUUGUGACUGGUAUUCCUGUUUGGGGUGGCAAUCAUGAAUAAUUCAGUUUCAAAUAAAUUUGUGGAGGUUGAUGUUUA